AUGCAUCCUUACUGGUGCAAGGAAAAACUAAGCAGAGAUCAAAAGCAGUCAGAGUUUGCCGGAUACAGAGGUCCUUCUCUCUCUGAUCAGCUGGUGUCAAAGAAAUUAGGAAUUCGAAUGGCAAGCAGCGUGGGAAUCGACAGAGAGUCUCCAAGGGCAACGUUAACGCCAAGAGCACAACUAGAAAAGCCCUACGAGAUUGUGAGGCGGCUGGUGUCAAGCAAUGCUGUGGUGGUGUUCUCUUUGAGUGGAUGCUGCAUGUGUACUGUGGCUAAGCGUCUUCUCUUUGGUCUUGGCGUCGGCCCCACAGUCAUAGAGCUUGACCGCCAUUAUGCUGGUCCUGACAUCCAAGCCGUUCUGUUCCAACUUGCAUCUGACGGCCAGCAGCAGCUUGUCCCUGCUAUCUUUGUGGGUGGCAAGUUUCUAGGUGGAGUUGAGACUCUCAUGGCUUGUCACAUUAACGGAACUUUGGUGCCUCUCCUCAAGGAUGCUGGUGCACUUUGGCUCUGA